GCUUGUUCUUUGAUCAAUCAUCAAUGGCAACCAAAACUACCGGUAGUUCUUGUUUUUUUUAUCUGAGUCUCUUCUCUUCUCCUUUGACUAUUGACCAACUUAUUGAUGUUGUGGAUCUAUUGGAAAGAUGUGCAUUCCCUCAGACAAGAUGGUAUGAGCUGGGACUUAAACUAGGACUACACAAGAACACACUGGACGUAAUUAAAGGAGACAGUGAUGCAACUUAUGAGUGUUUGACAGAGUGUCUCUCCAAGUGGUUGCGUAGAGCUGAUAAUGUUGACAGUAAAGGAGGAGCUACCUUUGACUCACUGUCAGAUGCUCUUAAAUCUAUGAAUGAGAAUGCUGCAGCUGACAAGUUAGAUCAAGAGAAACGUAAAGCUAAGGCUAUUGAUAUAUUCAACACUCAUCAUCCACUCCUCUCUCAGUCUCUCUCUGAUCCUGUCAGUGUAGCUAUUAUGCUUCAAAGAGAGGGUGUCAUAACAGGACAAGUAUUGGCUAGUGUGGUAUCAGUUAGUCCCUCUGUUCCUAAUCAAUGUGAAGUCCUGUUAGCUGCCAUUAUAGUAGCUAUUCAAAGCAAGUAUAGUUUACUACAAACAUUUGCUAGUGUGUUGUGCAAGUUCACUGGUAAUGUAAAACUAGGAACAGUUAUACAAAGAGACUAUGACCAAUCCUUUAAUGAUGAUAAGAAGCUCAUUAAAGUUGUUAUUCCUGAUGAUGAUAUGAGUACUGAUACAUUAAGCACUGGAGCAACUACACCGUCCCCUAUUCCACCUAAUACAUUCAGCUGUUCAGAUAGCCAUUCCUGAAUGCAUGAGUGAUGAAUUCACUUCAAUACAAACGUCUUAUGGUCGAAUGUUGUACAAUGUUCGUAAAAUAAUGAAGAACAAGCAACCACCAUUAGAUGACAUCAAGGAAUAUCUUUGUUGCUGUCGGAGCAGUCUUGAGCCAAAGCUGUCUUUGUGUUCUAAUAUCACUGAAAUAUUACGAGUAGUAGAGAAAGAGUGUUCAUUAAUCAACAUCAGUCUACUUCAAUCAUUGGUUGAAGAAUUUGAAAUUGAA